GAGCGGAUCACCACUCCAAGAUGGCGGCCCCGCGUCUCGUCAGCGCCAGUAGGCAGUAGCGCUCGAUGCUGCGUACCCUUAGAACAUGUCUAUGCUUUUGUCGGCGACCAAGAUGGCGGACAGAGCGGCCUAAAGAGGUUUCAAAUGUACGAUUUUACAGCUGUAUAGACUAUUAAAGAAUCGUAUUUUGAAGCCCACGAAACGGAAGUUGCGUUCGGAGCGAUGGAGUGUUAUGUGAAGUGAAGAUUGAAGACGUGAUAGAAGAUGGACGACUACUGCUAUGCUAAGAUGGCGACGUCAUAUGAAAGAGAAAGUGAAAGAGAAUCAGCGCCACCAACUUCCAGCAAAUCAUCAACGGAGGAAAAGACGACAAUUGCAGAUGAGGACGUCCAGCAGCUGUUUGGUCAUCCAGAAAGGUACUGCACUUUGAAACAGAAGUUGCCACAGCCAUCCCACGUUAAAGAGGAAGAGGAGGAUAUUUGGAACGCUCAGGAGGGAGAGUUUCUUUUCGGGUCAGAAGGCGAUGAUCUCACCAAACUGCCACUUACUGUUGUUUCUGUGAAGCCUGAAGAUGAUGAAGAGAAACCACAAGUAGACAACCUCUUAGCUCCACUAUCAGAUAAUGAGGCUGAAGACAAAGUUAAAGAAUCUUUCAGCAGCGUAACUAACUGUGAAGAACCUCCCUCUCAACUGCAAGAGGGGAGCUCUAUUUUGAAGCAGGAGACGCCACAGCCACCCCAUAUUAAAAAGGAAAAGGAGGAACCCUGGAUCACUCAGGAGGGAGAGUGUCUUCUAGGGUCAGAAGACGCUGAUCUCACCAAGUUGCCACUGACUGUUGUCUCUGUGAAGAAUGAAGACGAUGAAGAGAAACCACAAACACAUAACCUCUUAGCUCCACUAUCAGAUAGUGAGGCUGAUGACAAGGUUGAAGAAACUUUGAGCAGCGAUAAAGACUGUGAAGAUGACAUGAGGACUAAAACCAAACACUCUGAAUGCUCUAAAAAGGUGCUUGGUAAAAAAAGAUUGAGCUGUUUGGUUUGUGGCACAAGAUGCACUAAAAAGAGCCAUUUGGCUCAACACACGAGAACGCACACAGGAGAAAGACCAUUUAUGUGUUCAGUUUGUGGCAAAAGCUUCACUUACAGGGGCAAUUUAACUCAACACAUGAGAACACAUGGAGGAGAAAAGACAUUUAAUUGUUCAGUUUGUAGUAAAAGCUUUUUUCUCAAGGCCCAUUUGACUGUCCACAUGAGAACGCACACUGGAGAAAAACCGUUUAUUUGUUCAGUUUGUGGCAAAAGAUGUAUGAAAACGAGCCACGUGACUGAGCACAUGAGGACACACACGGGCGUAAAACCGUACAUUUGUUCAGUUUGUGCUAAGGGCUUUAUCCAAAAGAGCCAUUUGACUGAACACAUGAGAAUCCACACAGGAGAAAAACCAUUUAAAUGCUCAAAUUGUGGUAAGAGCUUUACUCGGAAGUGCAAUUUGACUCAACACGUGAGAGUCCACACAGGAGAAAAACCAUUUAAUUGCUCAGUUUGUGGUAAAGGUUUUUCUCAAAACAGCAGUGUGACUCAACACAUGAAAACACACACUGGAGAAAAACGAUGAGGUGUAGUUUGUGGUGUAAGAUUCCUUCAUAACGCAGACAUGGUAAGACACAAAAUAGAACACAAUCCACUGUUAAGUUUGUGGUACGUGCUUUAUUCAGAGAAGUAUUAUUUCUUAUGACAUGAGAAUACACAAAAGAGAACAACUAUAAAGUUUUUGUGAAAGCUUUUUGUUUACAAACUUUGACUCAACACAAUUAAAAUCAA